CGUUUGAAUUAGUUUUUAACUAUUCACAAAGUAUUGUUACAUCCUUCUUUUUGAUCAUUAAAUAAAAUGGGUUUUACUAUUGAAAGAUGUUUGUAAUGAAUAAAAGUGUAUUAAAAAAUAGUGAAAAAUAUUAUGAAAUAUUUUCAUAGUUCCUUUCAUAUUCAUGCAUUUAUAAAGUACAAUGUGAAUGCAAGAGGUCACCAAGUUGAUUUAUUGAAAAAAAAAACAUAAAAGACUCGCAGCUCUUUUUAGAGUUGAAAGAGUCUUGCACAUUUUGCCUUAGUAUCCUGGAGUUAUUAAUGUGGUUCAAGCCAAAAAGAUAAAUAUGUUUAUGGGUUUUUCUCACGGAGACAGUACUGGCAGCUCCCCAUCAUAAAGUUUCAAACUUUGGCUCAGCAUCAAAACCUGUCAAAAAGUUUGCACGUGCUUUGUGGCAUCAGCGAAUAAAUAGGAGCAGGUCUCCCAGAGCAAAGCACAUCCCUCACCUCGAUAUUUUGUCUGCACGUUCUGCUAGAAGAAAAAGCUUGUUUCAAAGAUGAAAUUGAUCCUGGUUGUGUCCUGCAUUCUUGGGGUGGCUUUCUGCGCCCCUAAACCACAAGGUUACAAGGAGUUUGACAUCUAUCAUGCUCCGGCUGAGGCAGCCCAGGCCAUCCCUGCUGGAGCCCCAGCUGGAACUCUGGAAGUUCUGCUCCCAGUGGACAGCCUGAGACAACCAAUUGGAGGAGCCGUCAGUGGCUUCAUCAAACAGGAGAUUCCACGGGGAAAUGGUGAAGAUGACGAAGUGUACUACCCCUUUGGCUUUAACGUGCCAGCCCCUGCUGCCCCAGCUGCCCCUGCUGCCCCUGUCGUCCCUGCUGCCCCUGUCGUCCCUGCUGCUCCUGUCGUUCCUGCCGUUGAAGCUCCAGUUCUGGUCGUCGCUGCUGUCCCGGCUCCUGUACCCAAGGGAGAUGAUGAUGAGGAGGAAGAUGACUGAGAGCAUCAGCAUUUUUUUUUUUUUUUUUGCUGCCACAUGAGCCAACAGGUAAAACACCUGAGAAUAUGUUUGAUCUUCGUGUAAAUUUUGGCAAAAAAAAUGUGUGGAGACAUUCAGUGAUCAAGUAUUAAUUAUGAUUAUUUGAUUUUUGUUUUUGUUUAAGGUGAUUGGAGGAGAAAGGCUUGCAACUCUUCCAAACACCCCCCCCCCCCCUUCUCCAGCCAGCACUUCUUUUGACUAAAUGAUUUACAGAUAUGGUGCUUUGCUGUCCAUGCACUGUGAAAAUGGUGCUAGUUUAGUAAAUCAUUACAAGUAAAAAGCUACAACUAAAAAUGUGAUUUUUUUUUUUUAUUUUAUUUUAUUUUACAUCUUUGCAUGUGUUUCCAUUUCUAUAAACUGUCAUGUUUGCCAACUUUCCAAUAAAUAAAACUGUUGCAUUCACAAAUUCAUUUGUGGUUCUUCAUUAUCUGCUCAACAUUACUGUUUAAGUGCCUCAAAAAAUGAAACUUUGCAUUGUGGUUUCUAUAAAAUAAAAUUCAGUCAAAUAAAAGAUUAAUAGAACCUUUAAAAAUGUAAAAGAAAAUAUGUCCCACUAAAAUAGAGUGAAGUGAUAUUUCAUCCCAGGGGUUCAUUUUCUAGGAGGACACAAUCGUGCCUUAAACCCUCUUGUUUGAAUGGUAAUUUAUAUUAAAUAUAUAUAUAUAACUGCCAUAUUUAUGGGGCUUUUGAAGAUAUAUUUAAUCAGAAACAGAUCAUAAUAAAACAUAAAUGCAAGUAUCAUUAAUGGGGAUCUUUUACAUACACAUAUAUAUAU